AUGGCGCCAAAGGCCGAGAAGAAGCCAGCGGAAGAAAGAAACCGGCAAGAAAAGCGGCCGGCGGAGAAGAAGCCAAGAGCAGAGAAGAAACUGCCAAAAGAAGGCGGCGCGAUCGAUAAGAAGAAGAAGAAAGCCCGAAGAAAGAAGAAGGCGAAGAAGAGCGUAGAGACGUACAAGAUAUACAUAUUCAAGGUGUUGAAGCAAGUCCAUCCUGAUAUCGGGAUUUCCAGUAAGGCUAUGGGGAUCAUGAACAGCUUUAUCAAUGAUAUAUUUGAAAAGCUUGCACAGGAAUCUUCAAGGCUCGCUAGGUAUAACAAGAAGCCAACCAUCACUUCUCGCGAGAUCCAGACUGCCGUUAGGUUGGUGUUGCCUGGUGAGCUUGCUAAGCAUGCUGUAUCUGAAGGAACCAAAGCCGUGACCAAAUUUACUAGCUCUUAGGGUUAAGGUUAGGGUUAGGGUUUAGAAUGAUUUCAGUAGAAAUUUGGGGAUUUAGGGUUUUCUGGAUGUAAAGGUUGGGCUUUGUCUUUUUCAAUUAAAUUUGAUGUUAGUUUGUUUAUUCGGUUUCAAAAUUAAUUGAAUUUCUAAAUAGGAGUUCCUUAA